AUGGCCCUGAAAGCAUGUGGCUUGAUCAUCUUCCGAAGACGUCUCAUUCCCAAGGUAGACAACAGUUCAAUUGAGUUUCUACUGCUACAGGCAUCAGAUGGCAUUCAUCACUGGACUCCUCCCAAAGGCCAUGUGGAUCCAGGAGAGAAUGAAUUGGAAACAGCCCUGAGGGAGACUCGGGAGGAAGCAGGCAUAGAAGCAGGCCAGCUGACCAUCAUUGAGGGGUUCAGAAGGGAGCUCAAUUAUGUGGCCAGGCAGAAGCCUAAAACAGUCAUCUACUGGCUGGCGGAGGUGAAGGACUAUGACGUGGAGAUCCGCCUCUCCCACGAGCACCAAGCCUACCGCUGGCUGGGGCUAGAUGAAGCCUGCCAGUUGGCUCAGUUCAAGGAGAUGAAGGCAGCACUCCAAGAGGGACACCAGUUUCUCUGCUCCACAGCAGCCUGA